AUGAACCAAGAGGCAUUACAGAAGGUGUUGAUUGAAAUGGACAAUCAAUUAAAUAAGUCCCGUGCGGAAUUAUCUAUGGUCAACCUUCAACUUGAUAGAGUAAACACCAAUUUAAACUCCAUAACUUCAACCAAAACUAAACUUAAUAAACUUUGUGAACCAACAGAAAAAGUAUGGCAAGGUGUUGGAAAAGCCUUUGUUGCUCGUGAUGUCAGCUCAUAUUUAAAAGAUUUAGACUCUGAUGCAAAGGAUUUUAACGAUACCAAGAAGAGUUUGACUAUAAAACAAGAUUACUUAACUACAACCCUUGAAAAGACCAUUGAUAGCAUGACCAAGAUAGUCGGUAAGAAAUAG